AAAGGACAAAGGCAAACAAUAGCCAGUGAAUCUUCCCAGAGCCGAGUAGCGCCUCCCUACCGACUUUCCUCUGCUUCCCCACGCCCCUCCUCUUGGGGGUGGGUUUCUAGGGCCACGCGCUUCCUCCUCCUCUCCACCUUGUCCCUUUCUGGCCCUCGCCGCCCUUCCUCGCCCUCUCUGGAAGUCUGCGGACUGGCCGGGAUGAGCCUGUGGCCGGCAGAGCUGAGCAGCCCGGCGGCGGCCGGCUCGCUGCUGCUGUGCGUCGCGCAGCUGGCGGCGGGCUACGCGCUGGGCAGCCGUCUGGGCCGCGGGGCGAGCUCCGCCGACCGCUGGGCGCUGAUCUGGCUCUGCUAUGACUCCCUGGUGCAUUUCACGCUGGAGGGUCCUUUUGUCUACUUGUCUUUAGUAGGAAGUGUGGCAGACUCAGAUGGCAUAAUUGCUUCAUUAUGGAAAGAAUAUGGCAAAGCAGAUGCAAGAUGGCUUCAUUCAGAUCCUACCAUUGUAUCCCUGGAGAUGCUGACUGUUGUUCUAGAUGGAUUGCUAGCCUUGCUUCUCAUUUAUGCCAUAAUAAAAGAGAAGUACUAUCGGCAUUUUAUUCAGAUUACCCUUUGUGUAUGUGAACUGUAUGGGGGAUGGAUGACCUUCUGUCCAGAUUGGCUUAUUGGAAGCCCCAACCUUAACACCAGCAAUUGGCUUUAUCUUUGGGUCUACCUGGUGUUUUUUAAUGGUGUGUGGGUAUUGAUACCAGGAUUACUACUGUGGCAAUCAUGGAUAGAACUCAAGAAAAUGCACCAAAAGGAGAUGAAGCCAGGAAAAAAAUUCAAAUGAAUUUUCAAAUCACAACUGUAUCCUUGAUUUGUAAAUUAUUGUGAUUUUUGGCCUACUGUUGUGUAGCAAAAAUGUAAUACCCAAUCAAGUUGUUUUUCUUUCAGUGGCAUUUUCCAAACUGAAUUGUUUUCUUAACAGUUAUAUGGAGAAGACUUGGGGUUUGGGGAUUUUUAAAACAAAUAUAGGGAUAAACCAAUGCUAUUUAAAUUGUGCCAAUAAUAAAGUUCAUAAAAUAACUGUUCAAUUGUACUACAUUAAUAAAGAUUGAUUUGUUAGAGUCCCAUUUACUAUGUUGCUUUAAUGCCUUAAUUAAAAAGUAAAAAAAAAAAAAAAAAAAGCUAAACAAACCUCAUUAUUUCCCAGGAUAUUCUUUAGGAAUAUCUUUAUUCUUUAAGUGGGCACCACUUUAAAUAUAAAUUUAUAUAUAAAUGUAAAUUUAAAUAUAAAAGGGGAAGCCAAUUUUUUACUUUUUUAAUUCCUUUGGCUUGUUAGGAUAUGAAAGUUGAUGGUAACAGCCUCUAAGCACCAGGUCAUACUGGCAUGACUAAGUCGGGAAAGGUCGUGGCAGAUCUGGUUCAUGACCAUGUUGACACAUCAGUUUGGAGUACAAGGUUAAGCAGAGAAUAUAUACAACUGUCCAUUUUAAAAAGGAAGGAAAUUAGCAUUUAUUAAAUAUCUACAGUGCUGUGUGCCAGACUGAGCUAAGCACUUUACAAAUAGGACCUCAAUCUAUCAUCCCAAUAACCCUGUGAGAUAGAUGUUAUUAUAUCUCCAUUUACAGUUGAAGAAACUGAGGGAGACAGAGUGAGAUCACAUCUGCAUUCAGGUCUUUCCUACUCUAGGCCCGUGGCUCUAUCCACUGCACCUAGCUGCCUCUGAGAAUCAUAUCACAAAAGGCCAUGGUUUUGGUCAAUUAAGUUGAACUAUAAUUAGUUCAACAGCAUUCCCCUCUAUCUUUCCUAUUGAUCUAGUAUCAGAUUGAAUUCUCCUUGCUUCCCAUCUGUCCCCUAGGAUUUUGUUCUCUACUAGCCCGGCUUUUGAAUUAUGCAAAUUUAAUUUGGAUUUGGAUUCAGACCUUUCCCCUAUAGUGAAUUUCCUCCCCCUAGCCAUAGUUUUCUUGAUGGCUCCGAGGGUGAUCUGACAUCUCACAUUUCACCCUCAUGUGGGCACACGUGCACAGACAUGAAAUUGGAGGAUAGUUGAAAGAUAAAUUGAUCACCUGAAAUCUCAUCACCUCAGGUUUUGAUACUUAAUCCCUUCUCAAUUUACCCUCAAUUGUUUCUCUUUUCCUAUUGAAGAACUAGAAGGACAAAGCAUUUAACUCCUCCAAAAGCAGGUUAGAGAGUCUUCUAUCUGCUUGGGAAUACCGUACCCUCAGGGUAUCCUCUAGCAGGGGUCCUCAAACUAAGGCCCUCGGGCCAGAUGGGGCAGCUGAGGACAAUUAUCCCCCUCACCCAGGGCUCUGGAGUUUCUUUAUUUAAAGGCCCACAAAAGUAUAUGAAUGUUAUGGAAUAUUAUUGCUCUGUAAGGAAUGACCAGCAGGAUGAAUACAGAGAGGCUUGGAGAGACCUACAUGGACUGAUGCUAAGUGAGAUGAGCAGAACCAGGAGAUCAUUAUACACUUCGACAACGAUAUUGUAUGAGGAUGUAUUCUGAUGGAAGUGGAUUUCUCUGACAAAGAGACUUAACUGAGUUUCAAUGGAUAAAUGAUGAACAGAAACAGCUACACCCAAAGAAGGAAUACUGGGAAAUGAAUGUGAACUAUUUGCAUUUUUGAUUUUCUUCUCGAGUUAUUUUUACCUUCUGAAUCCAAUUCUCCCUGUGCAACAAGAGAACUGUUCGGUUCUGCAAACAUAUAUUGUAUCUAGGAUAUACUGCAACAUAUUUAACAUAUAUAGGACUGCUUGCCAUCUUGGGGGGGGGUGGGAGGGAGGGAGGGGAAAAAUCGAAACAUAAGCGAUUGCAAGGGAUAAUGUUGUAUAAAAAUUAUCCUGGCAUGGAUUCUGUCAAUACAAAGUUAUUAUUAAAUAAAAUAAAAUUUAAUAAAUAAAUAAAUAAAUAAAUAAAGGCCCACAAAACAAAGUUUUUGUUUUUACCAUAGUCCGGCCCUCCAACAGUCUGAGAGACAGUGAACUGGCCCUCUAUUUACAAAGUUUGAGGACCCCUCUAGAGAUACUCCUCCUCUCCUGCCUUUUGUCUGUUGUCUUUAGCUAUAAGACUAUAAGCUCCUUGAGGGCAGGGACUACAUUUUUUAAUUCUAUUUAUUGAAUUGGAGAAUUUGGUAUAGUGUACAUAAAUUUGGAUCUUACUUCUCUUAGUUGCUACUUGAAUGCCUUUGAACAAUAAACUGACAGCAAUUAAACACCUAUGUGCCAGGCACCAUGCCCAGGCUGAAGAUAACAGAUAUAAAAAAUGAAACAAUUCUUAUUUUCAAGGAACUUACAUUGUAACAAAUUACUUCAUUUCUCAGAGCCUCAGUUUUCUCAAUUGUAAAUUGAGGGUUUUGAUCUAUAUGACUUGUAAGAUUUCUUCAAGAUCUAAUUCUAAGAUAUGAUUCUAUUCAUUAAUUCAAAGUAAUUGGAGGCAGAGGAAGAAGGAUGGUUUGGCCACACUAAAUUAAUGAAAAGUCUGAUUUAUAAGUAAUUAUAGAAAUGUAAUUAUAUAUAGAAAGUAGAACUAUGAUAAUGAAGUAUUAUGUCAUUAAGACCAACUUUGGUGAAUUGAUAAAAUUGCUUCAUACUGAAUUAUCUUUUUUUAUAAAUGGAUGUUUGCAAAAGGUGUUUACCUAAGCUCAAUUCUUGUUUAUAUUGUUUAAUUUUGUUAGUCCUUUAAAUCUUGAUAUACAUGUUGAAUAUGUUUUUUUCCUGUUCUAAUCCAAAGUUUGCAAACAUUUUCAAUUGAUCAGAUGGAAAACCAGAUGGAAGUCCAAAUGAAAAUUAUCUGACCAGAUAAGAAUACUUGGAGAAUUUUCAUUAAACUCUAUUAGUCUUUUUGUUUAGUUGGAAAAAAUUGUGUUUUUGUAAAUUGUCCACUGCAUUAUCUCUUCAAAUAAUAUGCCAUCUUCUGCUGUUAUAAAAAUAAUCUUUAUCUGCACAA